UAUGUCUGUGUGUCUGAGGGAGAGAGAGCGAGAGUGAGUGAGUGUGAGUGCGGGGUUGGGUGGUGGCCGUUACGUUCGGGGCAACGGCUACGGCAGUGGAGAAGUAAGAAGAGAAACAACGUCCGGCGCUUCCGCCUUCGCUUAGGAGGAGGAGGAGCUGGUAGGGAAAGGAAAGUGAUUCGCCCAGGGCCUGGACAAGACCGAGUCGGGUCGGUGGGGGUGGGCUAUGAGCGUUUGAGGGUCGCUUGGGACGCGGAGCGAGACACGAGAGCCGGUAGCUAUGUCUCAGCCGCCGCCGCCGCCGCCGCCUCCGCUGCCGCCGCCACCUCCUCCCCCUGAGGCUCCGCAGACGCCGUCGUCCCUGGUGUCGGCGUCGGCGGCUGCUUCGGGGGGGCUUUUGAAGCGGAGAGACCGGAGAAUCCUUUCCGGGAGCUGCCCGGAUCCGAAGUGCCAGGCGCGUCUGUUCUUCCCGGCCUCCGGUUCUGUCAGCAUCGAGUGUACCGAGUGCGGCCAGCGGCACGAGCAGCAGCAGCUGCUGGGGGUUGAGGAGGUGACCGACCCGGACGUAGUGCUACACAACCUGCUGCGGAACGCGCUGCUCGGGGUGACGGGGGCACCCAAGAAGAACACGGAACUGGUUAAGGUGAUGGGCCUUUCCAACUAUCACUGCAAAUUGUUGUCGCCCAUAUUAGCUCGCUAUGGAAUGGACAAACAGACAGGCCGGGCCAAGCUUCUCCGGGACAUGAACCAGGGCGAACUGUUCGAUUGCGCUUUACUGGGUGACCGCGCCUUCCUCAUAGAACCAGAACAUGUUAACACAGUGGGUUACGGGAAGGACCGCUCCGGAAGCCUCCUGUAUCUGCAUGACACUCUGGAAGACAUUAAGCGGGCCAAUAAAAGUCAGGAAUGUCUCAUUCCAGUGCAUGUGGACGGGGAUGGACACUGCCUGGUGCAUGCUGUGUCUCGGGCUCUAGUAGGCCGAGAGCUCUUCUGGCAUGCCUUGAGAGAGAAUCUUAAACAGCACUUUCAGCAGCACCUCGCCCGAUAUCAAGCUCUGUUCCAUGACUUCAUUGAUGCUGCUGAGUGGGAGGACAUUAUCAAUGAGUGUGACCCUCUGUUUGUACCACCUGAGGGUGUUCCCUUGGGCCUGAGGAAUAUCCACAUAUUUGGUCUUGCCAAUGUGCUACAUCGUCCUAUUAUUCUGUUAGAUUCCCUCAGUGGCAUGAGAAGCUCUGGUGAUUAUUCAGCCACCUUUCUACCUGGGCUCAUCCCUGCAGAGAAGUGCACUGGUAAAGAUGGUCAUUUGAACAAACCAAUCUGUAUUGCAUGGAGUAGCUCCGGUAGAAACCAUUAUAUCCCUUUGGUAGGCAUAAAAGGGGCUGCUUUGCCCAAACUGCCUAUGAAUUUGCUUCCUAAAGCAUGGGGUGUACCUCAGGACCUUAUUAAAAAGUAUAUCAAACUUGAAGAGGAUGGUGGUUGUGUUAUUGGAGGUGACAGAAGUUUGCAAGAUAAAUACUUACUUAGACUUGUUGCUGCUAUGGAAGAAGUCUUUAUGGACAAACAUGGUAUCCAUCCUAGUUUGGUUGCUGAUGUCCAUCAGUAUUUCUACAGAAGGACUGGAGUGAUAGGAGUACAGCCUGAAGAAGUCACAGCAGCUGCUAAAAAGGCAGUAAUGGAUAAUCGCCUUCACAAAUGUUUGCUCUGUGGUGCCCUUUCUGAACUUCAUGUUCCUCCAGAGUGGUUGGCUCCUGGAGGGAAAUUGUAUAACCUGGCAAAAAGUACUCAUGGACAGCUGAGGACUGAUAAAAAUUAUAGCUUUCCCUUGAACAAUUUGGUUUGCUCAUAUGAUUCAGUGAAAGAUGUUCUGGUACCAGACUAUGGACUGAGUAACCUAACAGCUUGUAAUUGGUGCCAUGGCACAUCUGUGCGAAGGGUCAGAGGAGAUGGGUCUAUUGUGUAUUUGGAUGGAGACAGAACUAAUUCUAGGUCCACUGGUGGCAAAUGUGGUUGUGGAUUCAAACACUUUUGGGAUGGUAAGGAGUAUGACAAUCUACCAGAAGCUUUCCCUAUUACUUUAGAAUGGGGUGGAAGAGUGGUCAGAGAAACAGUGUAUUGGUUCCAGUAUGAAAGUGAUUCAUCUUUGAAUAGUAACGUUUACGAUGUUGCAAUGAAACUUGUUACCAAGCACUUUCCAGGUGAAUUUGGGAGUGAAAUCUUAGUUCAGAAAGUUGUCCACACUAUAUUGCAUCAAACUGCCAAAAAGAAUCCUGAUGAUUAUACUCCUGUAAAUAUAGAUGGUGCUCAUGCCCAAAGAGUUGGAGAUGUACAAGGACAAGAAUCAGAGUCUCAGCUCCCAACUAAAAUUAUUCUUACUGGACAGAAAACAAAAACUUUGCACAAGGAGGAGUUAAACAUGAGUAAAACUGAAAGAACUAUUCAACAGAAUAUCACGGAACAGGCUUCUGUAAUGCAGAAACGGAAAACAGAGAAGUUAAAACAGGAACAAAAAGGGCAAUCCAGGACUGUUUCUCCCAGUACCAUUCGUGAUGGCCCAUCCUCUGCACCUGCUACACCUACCAAGGCUCCCUAUUCACCCACAACUUCUAAGGAGAAGAAGAUCCGAAUCACAACUAAUGAUGGACGGCAGUCCAUGGUUACCCUUAAGUCUUCAACAACCUUUUUUGAGCUUCAGGAAAGUAUAGCCAGAGAAUUCAACAUUCCUCCAUAUUUACAGUGUAUUCGAUAUGGCUUUCCUCCUAAAGAGUUAAUGCCACCACAGGCAGGAAUGGAAAAGGAACCAGUUCCUUUACAGCACGGCGACAGAAUUACAAUAGAAAUUCUAAAGAGUAAAGCUGAAGGUGGUCAGUCUGCUGUAGCACACUCAGCCCACACUGUGAAACAAGAAGAUAUUGCUGUUACUGGUAAGCUGUCAUCUAAGGAACUUCAGGAGCAAGCUGACAAAGAAAUGUACUCCUUGUGUCUUUUAGCAACAUUAAUGGGAGAAGAUGUAUGGUCUUAUGCAAAGGGACUUCCUCACAUGUUUCAGCAGGGUGGUGUAUUCUACAGUAUUAUGAAGAAAACCAUGGGUAUGGCUGAUGGCAAGCAUUGUACUUUUCCACAUCUGCCUGGCAAAACCUUUGUCUAUAAUGCUUCUGAAGAUAGACUGGAAUUGUGUGUGGAUGCUGCAGGACAUUUCCCCAUUGGUCCUGAUGUUGAAGAUUUAGUUAAAGAGGCUGUAAGUCAGGUUCGAGCAGAGGCUACUACAAGAAGUAGGGAAUCAAGUCCUUCACAUGGGGUCUUAAAACUAGGUAGUGGUGGAGUAGUAAAAAAGAAAUCUGAGCAACUUCAUAAUGUAACUGCCUUUCAGGGAAAAGGGCAUUCUUUAGGAACUGCAUCUGGUAAUCCACACCUUGAUCCGAGAGCUAGGGAAACUUCAGUUGUAAGAAAGCAUAAUACAGGGACAGACUUUAGUAGUAGUUCCUCUAAAACAGAGCCUUCUGUAUUCUCAGCUUCUUCUAGUAAUAGUGAGCUUAUUCGAAUAGCUCCUGGAGUAGUAACAAUGAGAGACGGCAGGCAGCUUGAUCCUGAUUUGGUUGAGGCCCAGCGAAAAAAAUUGCAGGAAAUGGUUUCUUCUAUUCAGGCUUCAAUGGACAGACACUUGCGGGAUCAGAGUACAGAGCAGUCACCAUCUGAUGCUCCUCAAAGGAAAAUAGAAGUUGUGAGUUCUUCUGCAAAGUCUGGGACUGGCUUGCCUGAAUCUUUUCCUUUAACCGGUGGUACUGAAAAUUUGAAUAUAGAAACAACUGAUGGCUGUGUAGCAGAUGCACUGGGAGCAGCAUUUGCCACAAGGUCAAAAGCACAAAAGGGAAAUUCCAUGGAGGAGCUUGAAGAGAUGGAUAGUCAAGAUGCUGAGAUGACUAACACAACUGAGCCAAUGGAUCACUCUUGAUUUAAUUAGAGGCUAAUAAAGGCAGAAUGUUUAUUGUGAA